GUUACAGUGUGGGUGGCAGUGGUGAGAGUGGGGUACACCGCGCGUCUCUCCUCCUAAAGUGUCUCUCAGAUACACGUCUCUAUCUCUCCAGGACCACAACACUGCGUCUGAGUGUUAACAUCUGAGUGUCGAGUGCGAUAACGUCUGAGUGUGUGAGUGUGGUGCGUUAGCCGCCUCUAGAGUGUUCACGUUACACCCUCACUGUUACACUGAUCUAAUGAAGGCAAGAUGGAUGUUGCUGGGGGUGGUCCUGCUGGCGACUUUCACCCUUGCUCAAGAUCGCGCCAGUCCCCGCCAGCGUUCGCGGUUCCGCGGCCGCCAGCGCGAGCAAGGUCAGGAAACAGCAGCGUCGGUACAGACAGAGACAGCCGUGGUCAACACCCUGGGCACCGUGGGCAGGAGACGCAUAGGAGUCGCCCCUGACACUGACACUGUGCCCAGGAGACAAGCCACAACAUCCAGGAAUAGAAACAGGCUGGGCCCUCGCUUCCGACCGUCAGCCAGCAGUCAGCCCAAGGAGAAUGGUCAGGCGGGGAGCAACGCGCUUACGUCAGCUGGUGACGGCAACCGCAAGUUAGUGUGUUACUACACCAACUGGUCGCAGUACAGACCUAAGAUAGCCAAGUUCCUGCCAGAGCACAUCGACCCCUUCCUCUGCACGCACAUCAUCUACGCCUUCGGCUGGAUGAAGAAGGGACGACUCUCCUCCUUCGAGUCCAACGACGAGUCCAAAGACGGCAAGACUGGCUUCUACGAGCAGGUCAACGGUCUCAAGUCCCAGAACCCCAAGCUCAAGGUUCUUCUGGCUCUAGGAGGGUGGUCCUUCGGCACCAAGAAGUUCAAGGACAUGUCAGCCACUCGCUACACCCGCCAGACCUUCAUCUACAGCGCUGUGCCCUUCCUCAGGAAGCACGCCUUUGACGGUCUCGACCUCGACUGGGAGUACCCUAAGGGUCGAGACGACACUGCUAACUUCGUCCUCCUCCUCAAGGAGCUUUACGAAGCAUUCGAGGCAGAAGCCAAGGAGACAGGUCAACCUCGUCUGAUGCUGACAGCAGCUGUACCUGUCGGCCCUGACAACAUCCGCGGUGGCUACGAUGUACCUGUCGUCUCCAGGUACCUUGACUUCAUUAACGUGAUGGCUUACGACUUCCACGGUAAGUGGGAGAACCAAGUGGGACACAACGCUCCUCUCUACGCUCCUUCAGACGACACUGAGUGGAGGAAGCAGCUCUCUGUCGACCACGCCUCAAACCUAUGGGCCAAACUCGGGGCACCUAAGGAGAAGUUGAUCAUCGGGAUGCCCACCUACGGCCGGACCUUCACCUUGGCCAACCCUGCCCGCACCAACGUCAACUCCCCUGCCAGUGGCGGAGGUGAAGCCGGCAAGUAUACCAACGAGGGUGGCUUCAUGGCUUACUAUGAGGUUUGUGAGCAUCUACGCACGGGAGGAGAGUACGUGUGGCACGACGAGAUGCAGGUGCCAUACAUGGUGAAGGGCAGCUUGUGGGUGGGUUUCGACGACGAGCGAGCCAUCCGCAACAAGAUGAGGUGGAUCAAGAAGAAUGGCUUCGGUGGAGCCAUGGUCUGGACCAUUGAUAUGGACGACUUUACUGGCACCAUGUGUGGUGAGGGAGUCAAGUACCCACUCAUGAGCAUUAUGAGAGAAGAGAUGAUGGGUGUACCACGAGUGGGCCAGGACGUGGACUGGUCUAAGGUGACCAAGACCUCGGUGGCCACACACACCACGCUGCCGCCUCCAAUCAGCAUCGAUCCCAUGAUCCUGGUGAGGCAGCACCAGUCCAACCUGGCCAAGCAGGCCGCGCCCAGGAUAGACAUCAUUCCUUCAAUCCCAAGUUAGUUGACUCAAGUUUAU